GCAGCUGAAAAAGCAUUGCUAAACAACUUGAAGUUCGAAGCUUUAAAAUACCUACGAUAGAAUGUUUGUUUGGAUUAAGUGUUUGGUGUAAAAAAGAAAAACAACAACAAAUACUUUUUUAGUUAGUAAUAACUUGUUUAACAUUUUGCAUUCGUUUACAAACUAUUCCAUAAAGUGUAUGACAACAACUACAGUUCCUAUUUUAGAUAAAAGAAAACCAUAUUUCCCUACAACAAAUAAAAGAAUGUCUACGUAAUCAAAGUUUAUAAAAUAAUUUCUUUUUAUCUUGGCAAUCGAGUGAAUCUAAUUGAAGUUGUUUUCCAUUGGAUUGGAUUGGGUGCUCGAAUUGUUAAUCAUAACAAUUUAAUCAUCAUGUCAAUAGCAAAGCAAAGUAAAUGUCAAAAACGACGUGCAACAAAAAUCACUGUAAUAGUUUUGGCGGGUGUUAUCUUUGCUGUGCUAACGUCAUAUAUUGCUUUCGGGCAAAAGCAAAGUUUACAUGACAGCACUAUUCGUAUGGCAGCUAUUUUAUUUAGACAUGGCGAGAAGAAUCCAACAAGUUUCUAUCCUAAUGAUCCACAUCAAAAUAGGGAAUGGCCAGGAGGGCCUGGAGCACUUACUGCGAGAGGCUCAUUACAAGCAUUUAGCUUAGGUCAAAAUUUACGUCUUCGAUAUCAUUCCUUACUUCCGACAGAAGGCAUGUAUUCUCAACAGAAUAUGUUUGUUCGAAGCAGUUAUGCAGAACGCUGCAUAAUGAGUGCUCAAGCUAUGUUAGCUGGUUUUAUGCCACCUACUGAAAGUACGUCAGUUCUUCCUUUUCUCUGGCAACCAGUUCCAGUGACAUCAGUUCCUCGACUUGACGAUACUCUAAUUGCUCAGAAAAAACCAUGUCUCAAAUAUGAUAAAAUGAUGAAAGAAAUUUACUCAAAUCCUCCACCAGACUUGGCUCAAUUAGAUGCUGACAAUUUAGAACUUUAUCAUAAUUUAACUGAGUUCACAGGAAAGCCAAUCAAAACUGUCCUAGAUGUUGAAUUUUUGUAUAACACUCUCAAAGCUGAAGAAGACAUGGGACUUCAACUACCUCAAUGGACAGUAGGUGUUUACCCUGAUCGAUUAGUGCCCUUAGCAGAAAAGAGUUAUACACUUUUCACGGAUAAUGACUACAUGAAACGCAUCCGAGGAGGUGCAUUUGUUGGGGAAGUCUACAACAAGAUGGCAGCCAAAGUAAAUAAAACACUCGAAUCAAGUCGAAAUUUAUUUUUUUACUCUGGGCAUGAUGUGACUUUGGUGAAUGUUAUGAAUUCAAUGGGAAUUUUAAAUCAAACUUCAACACUGCCAGAUUUUUCAUCAGCUUUGGUCUUUGAAUUGCACGAAAUGUCAAAUUUACCAGAACAAUAUGAAGUUAAAGUCGUAUACUAUCAAGACAGUAAAACAGAUAACCCUAAUGUUAUAAAUGUUUUAAAUUGUCCAACACCCUGUGACUUAGAGAGUUUUAAGAAAUCUAUGAGUGGAUUAUUAUUCGAUAGCUAUGACGAAGUAUGUGAGAAUCCGGAAAAAUGUUGAAAAAUGUAUUUUUAUUAAUAUUAAGCAUAGGAAAUUAGUUUAAGUAGACAAUUGUAAUUUUUAAGAAAUAAAUUUUAAAGAAAGUA